GCGAGUUUAACGAUUUUCCAGCCAAGUUAAGAAGCCACUGGCAAAAUAAAGUCGAACGGCUGCAGAACUGCGUUGUUGAAUUUUUUUUUCCACAGUUUGUGGAUAUCAAAAAGUUUACAAUUUUCGGAUAUUAAUUGUGCAGGUCCAGAUACAAAAAACCGCCAGGAACAUCGAGUGGAAACGUGCUGAGAGCGGCGAAGCCAAAUCCAUUAAAAAUGGCUGAAGAGUAUAUUCCAGAUGCCAGCGUCAUGGACACGAUUGUCCCCGCCAUCCUGGGACUGACCGCGGCUGCUGUCCUCUCGUCAGUGGCCUGCAUCUGCGCCCGGCAGAUGCGCCUCCGGAACAAGAAACAGAGCCAGCACGACGCCUCGUUCCCCUUCCAGCCGACCCGGCGACCGACCGCCGUUCGAUCGCCCAGCGGCCAGCCGCCGCACUACUUGAAGAAGUCGCCCUCGCCGACUGGAGGCAAGCAGAUGGGUCUGCUGUCGCCGAUGCAGGACCAGUCCACCUCCCCGAUCGCGCAGCCGAAUGUGAAGUACAGCGAGGAGGGGGAUGGACCCGCCCAGCAUGCGGAGCAGCAGAAUGGCAACCAACUGACCGUGGUGGAUGGCAAUGGGUUGAAGCACUCGCUGCACAACAGCCUCCACCACUCGCCGGUGGAGACGAUCGCCAACGGAAGUGUGACCAUUACCCUGGAUGACCAUUCGCUGACCAACGGAAAGGAGCUGACCGUGACCGACCAGUACGGCAAGCUGGGUACCAUCUACUUUAAGCUGCGCUACUUGGCCGAAAGGAACGCCCUUAUGGUGUCCAUCAUCCGUUGUCGCGGACUCCCAUGCAAGGGAGGAUCGAGCGGAACCGGAGAUAUUCCCACUGGCAUGAAUGGACGCACUCAGGCGGCUACGGAUCCGUAUGUCAAGCUGCAGCUGCUGCCGGACAAGCAGCACAAGGUCAAGACCCGGGUGGUGCGAAAUACCCGGAACCCGGUUUACGACGAGGACUUCACCUUCUACGGCCUGAACAUGAACGACCUGCAGAACAUGUCGCUGCACUUUGUCAUCCUCAGCUUCGAUCGGUACUCGCGCGACGACGUCAUUGGCGAGGUGGUGUGCCCAUUGACCUCCAUCGAGAUUGGGGACAUCUCCAAAGAGGCUUUGUCCAUCAGCAAAGAGAUUCAGCCACGGAGCCUGAAGAUUCGAGCCCAGGGUCGCGGGGAGCUGCUCAUCUCCCUCUGCUGGCAACCAGCUGCCGGUCGCCUCACCGUCGUCUUGCUGAAGGCCCGAAACUUGCCGCGCAUGGAUGUCACCGGACUGGCCGAUCCGUAUGUCAAGAUCUAUCUCCUCUACAAUGGCCAACGCAUCGCCAAGAAGAAGACGCACGUGAAGAAGCGCACUCUGAGUCCCGUUUUCAACGAGAGCUUCGCAUUUGAUAUUCCCGCCGCCGAAGGCGCUGGCGCCAGUCUUGAGGGUGUGUCUUUGGAACUGAUGCUGCUCGACUGGGAUCGCGUGACCAAGAAUGAGGUCAUCGGUCGGCUGGAGCUGGGCGGACCGAACUCGAGCAGCACCGCCUUGAACCACUGGAACGAGGUUUGCAACUCGCCACGCCGCCAGAUCGCCGAGUGGCACAAGCUGAACGAGUAGGGGAGGAGCAGGAACCUCCUGGGCGCAGGCGCCCCUUAAUGAGGGGGGAAGGGAGCAGGAGCAUGCAACCGAAAUGGGAGUCAUGCGGCUCGUCGGCAUGAGCUCGUUGCCACCAUGAAUUUCUCUAUUGUUUUUAGCAUAUGAUUGCAUACUGGUUUAGUUUGUUUUCUACGGUUUGUUUUUAUUACACUUGAUUUCUGGGAGAUCACUUGCUUUGAGUUUGAAGCAAGAUUAAUGCGAGAUAAUUGGCCGUUAACGCCACAAGCAGAAAAGAAAUAUUUACCAAGCAACCACUAACUAAAUUAAAUGUAUUAGAAAAUGUUUAGGACCCUAAAGUGCAUGUAAGUGUAAGAUAAUUCAGAAACAUCUCAAUAUAGACAUGUUUAAAUAUGAGAAUAAGCAAGGCAGGGGACUUCUCAAUAAAUUAUAAACCGACACCGACUUUGUUGCUGUAUAAAACUUUACUUCUACGCUAUAUCCAUGUAUGAUUUUCAUAUCAAACAGUUAAAGUUAUAUUUAAUGUGCCCACCACUGAAGUUGAUUUCCUCGAAAGAUGUAUUAUUAACCAUGCAUCUGUAUAAAAUAUUUAUGAUAUCUAACGUUUAAGCAUACAUAUGUCAGUACAAUUUAAUUUUAAUUAUUUGAAUAUUUUAGUUUGAUUGUAAAGACCUAAAGUAUGCCAUUGCUUUAAUGGAUACCAGACACCAAAUUUGCACACCCCGGAAGCUCUUAAAGUUUUGUCCAGAACGAAGCAAAGAUAGAUGCUUACUGCUUAACACUUUAUACGUACUCUUAAAAGAAAAAACAAAAAUAACUAAAACUAACGAAACAAAUAAAACUAAACCAAAUUGAAUCUAGAGAGAACACGCAGCAGAAUGCUUAGCACCAAGAAGCUACAAAACCACACACAAAUCGAUCGAAAAAGUCAGAAAACAUUGAUUCGGAGAGGAAACCAACACAAUACAAUAAUGUAAGCAGCAUAGUACAUGUAGGAAUCAAUUACCAAUAACAUACUCUAGAGUAUAACCACUCACGAAUAGCUCAAACCGAACGCAAUAAGCACUACAGGUGUAUCUAGCGGCACUACCUUUAAAGGCAACGGAUGGAGGAGACCCGAUGAAAGCAUAGCUUAACGAAGACACCGAAUCAUUAUCCACUACUGAUAUUAAGUGUACUGAAUACAAUUAUGAACUAUACCAGAUCUAUAUAGACAUCAGCCCGCUUCUACGUAUAUUUUGUAAACUGAGUGUUAGAGCAUUAAACUUCAUUGAAUAACUACGUGCAUACAACCAUAAGGAUAUAUACAAGCAUACAUAGCGAUUCGCGAGAAUCGCAGAUACAACUUCAAUUCGUGUCCAAUCAAAACUUCAAUUCGUCUAAUGGAAAAACAAUAAUUACCAAUACAUAUGCGAUGAGUUUGUGCAGAGGAACCCAAAUUAUAUGAGAUGUGUAUAAUUCUACAUUAUAUGUAAUUGUAAUUGUAAGCUACAUCAAAUGGUUAAUUUCAGUAAUAAAAGGUAUUAUAUAAAACAA